AUGGAUGCUGAAAUGGCUGUUUUCGGGGAGGCUGCCCCCUACUUAAGGCGGCCCGAGCGUGAACGGAUCGAGGCCCAAAAUCGUCCUUUCGACGCCAAAACCUGCGUUUACGUGGUGGAUCCAAAGGAGCUCUUUGUUAAAGGCACUAUUCAGAGCAAAGAAAAGGGGAAAGUGACCGUGAAAACAGAUGCCGGAAAGGUUGUGACAGUGACGGAUGAGGACGUGUUCCAAAUGAAUCCGCCCAAGUUUGACAAAAUUGAGGACAUGGCUAUGAUGACCCACCUCAAUGAGGCUGCUGUGCUGUACAACCUCAAAGAGCGUUAUGCAGCAUGGAUGAUUUACACCUACUCAGGCCUCUUCUGUGUCACUGUGAAUCCUUACAAGUGGCUCCCAGUUUACAACCAAGAGGUGGUGGUGGCCUACAGAGGCAAAAAGCGCCAGGAGGCACCACCACACAUCUUCUCCAUCUCUGACAAUGCUUAUCAGUUCAUGCUCACUGAUAGAGAAAACCAGUCCAUCCUGAUCACCGGAGAAUCCGGGGCAGGGAAGACUGUCAACACAAAGCGUGUCAUUCAGUACUUUGCAACAAUUGCAGGGUCUGGUGAUAAAAAGAAAGACUCUGGCGCUACUGGCAAGUUACAGGGAAAUCUGGAGGACCAGAUAAUCUCUGCUAACCCUCUACUUGAGGCUUUUGGAAACGCCAAGACUGUCAGAAAUGAUAACUCCUCACGUUUUGGCAAAUUCAUAAGAAUUCACUUUGGUACAACAGGGAAGUUGGCCUCCGCUGAUAUCGAAACUUAUUUGUUGGAAAAAUCCAGAGUUACGUUCCAGCUGUCAGCAGAGAGGAGCUACCAUAUUUUUUACCAGAUCAUGUCCAACAAGAAGCCUGAGCUCAUAGAGGCCCUGCUUAUUACGACCAAUCCGUACGACUACCCGUUCGUCAGCCAGGGGGAGAUCAGUGUCGCUAGCAUUGAUGAUAGCGACGAGCUGAUGGCAACGGAUAGUGCUAUUGACACCCUUGGCUUCAGUGGAGAUGAGCGAAUUGGCAUUUACAAGCUAACAGGUGCUGUAAUGCAUUAUGGGAACAUGAAGUUUAAGCAGAAGCAGAGAGAAGAGCAGGCGGAGCCAGACGGGACAGAAGUGGCUGACAAAGCAGCUUACCUGAUGGGUCUGAACUCUGCAGAUCUAUUGAAAGCUCUGUGUUACCCAAGGGUGAAAGUGGGGAAUGAGUAUGUAACCAAAGGACAGACUGUGCAACAGGUCUACAAUUCCAUUGGUGCUCUGGCCAAAUCAGUCUACGAGAAGAUGUUUCUGUGGAUGGUCCUCCGGAUCAAUCAGAUGCUGGACACCAAACAACCACGUCAAUUCUUUAUAGGUGUCUUGGAUAUUGCUGGUUUCGAGAUUUUUGACUACAACAGCCUGGAGCAGCUGUGUAUUAAUUUCACUAAUGAGAAACUGCAACAGUUUUUCAACCAUCACAUGUUUGUGUUGGAGCAAGAGGAGUAUAAAAAAGAGGGCAUCGAGUGGGAGUUCAUUGACUUUGGGAUGGAUCUGGCUGCUUGUAUCGAGCUCAUUGAAAAGCCAAUGGGCAUCUUUUCCAUCCUUGAAGAGGAAUGCAUGUUCCCUAAGGCCUCAGACAGCACCUUUAAAAACAAACUGUAUGAUCAACAUCUUGGAAAAUCAAACAACUUUCAGAAGCCAAAGCCUGUCAAAGGCAAAGCCGAGGCUCACUUCUCUCUGGUGCAUUAUGCCGGCACUGUGGAUUACAGCAUUACAGGCUGGUUAGACAAAAACAAGGACCCACUCAAUGAAACUGUAGUGCAGCUCUUCCAGAAAGCGAGCCUAAAACUGUUGGCAUUUCUGUACAGCAGUUAUUCCUCAUCAGAUGAGAACUCAGCCGGAACGAAGAAGACUGCCAAGAAGAAGGGUUCAUCUUUCCAGACUGUUUCAGCCCUCUUUAGGGAGAACCUCGGAAAGCUCAUGACAAAUCUCAGGAGUACCCAUCCACAUUUUGUGAGAUGUCUCAUUCCAAAUGAAACUAAAACUCCAGGAAUUAUGGAACACCAUCUGGUUAUACACCAGCUACGAUGUAAUGGUGUGCUGGAAGGAAUAAGGAUCUGCAGAAAAGGCUUUCCCAGUCGGAUUUUGUAUGGGGAUUUCAAGCAAAGGUACAAAGUGUUGAAUGCCAGUGUUAUCCCUGAAGGACAAUUCAUUGACAACAAGAAAGCUGCUGAGAAGCUCUUAGGAUCUAUAGAUGUGGAUCAUACACAGUAUAGAUUCGGGCAUACAAAGGUGUUCUUCAAGGCAGGUCUUUUAGGGCUUCUUGAAGAAAUGAGGGAUGAGCGUCUAGCCUCUCUCAUCACCAUCACUCAAGCCUUGUGUCGGGGCUUUCUCAGAAGAAAGGAAAUUCAACAGAUGUCAGAGCGGCGAGAAUCUGUUUACACCAUCCAGUACAACAUACGCUCCUUCAUGAAUGUCAAACACUGGCCAUGGAUGAAACUUUACUUCAAGAUCAAGCCGCUUUUGAGAAGCGCUGAGACGGAGAAGGAAAUGGCCAUGAUGAAGGAAGAAUUUGCAAAGUGUAAAGAAGAUUUAGCUAAAUCCGAGGCGAAGAGAAAGGAGCUGGAAGCCAAAAUGGUUUCUUUGGUUCAAGAGAAGAAUGACUUGUGUCUGCAGAUUCAAACUGAAGGUGAGAGCCUGGCAGACGCAGAAGAACGAUGCGAUGGACUAAUCAAGAACAAGAUUAUGUUAGAGGCAAAGACCAAAGAACUGAGUGAACGCCUGGAGGAUGAGGAAGACGUGAAUGCUGAACUCACUGCUAAGAAGAGGAAGCUAGAGGAUGAAUGCUCUGAGCUGAAAAGGGAUAUUGAUGACCUUGAGCUCACCCUGGCAAAAGUUGAAAAGGAAAAGCACGCCACUGAAAACAAGGUCAAAAAUUUGACAGAGGAGAUGUCUUCCCUGGAUGAUACCAUUGCCAAGUUAUCGAAAGAAAAGUCGGCUUUGCAGCAGGCACACCAGCAGACCCUGGAGGACCUGCAAGCCGAAGAAGACAAAGUCAACUCUCUUAGCAAGGCUAAAAUCAAGCUGGAGCAACAAGUCGAUGACCUGGAGGGCUCUCUUGAACAAGAAAAAAAGCACCGCAUGGAUGUCGAAAGGGGCAAGAGGAAGAUCGAAGGAGAUUUUAAACUAGCCCAAGAAGCCAUUAUGGAUUUGGAGAGCGACAAACAAAUUCUGGAAGAGAACCUUAAAAAGAAAGAAUUUGAACUAAGUCAACAUGCAUCCAAAAUCGAAGAUGAGCAGAGCAUAGCAGCGCAAUCUCUGAAGAAGAUCAAGGAGCUGCAGGCACGUAAUGAAGAGCUGGAGGAGGAGAUCGAAGCAGAGCACGCUGCUCGAGCCAAGGUGGAGAAACAGCGGUGUGAACUCGCAAGGGAGCUUGAGGAGAUCAGCGAGAGGUUAGAGGAGGCCGGAGGGGCCACCACGGCUCAAAUAGAGAUGAACAAGAAGCGAGAAGUCGAGUUUCAAAAACUGAGACGGGACCUCGAAGAGUCGACGCUCCACCACGAAGCCAUUGCCGCCGCCUUGAGGAAAAAACACGCCGACAGUGUGGCCGAGCUUGGGGAACACAUUGACAACCUUCAACGGGUCAAACAAAAGCUGGAGAAAGAGAAGAGCGAGUACAAGAUGGAGGUCGAUGACAUGUCAGGCAACAUUGAGGCUGCAGUAAAAGCAAAGAUUCAAUAUGAGAAGCUGUGCCACUCCAUGGAAGAUCAACUAAGUGAAUACAAAGCUAAACAUGAUGAAGACGCUCGUUUAAUCACGGAAUUAAACGCACAAAGGGCAAAACUACAGAAUGAAAAUGGUGAGUUUUCUCGCCUUCUGGAGGAGAAAGAAGCAAUCCUUUCUCAAACGUCUAGGGGCAAACUUGCCUUUGCUCAGCAAAUUGAGGAACUCAAGAGACAAGUGGAGGAGGAAACUAAGGCUAAGACUGCCAUGGCCCAUGCUCUCCAAUCUGCACGACAUGACUGUGAUCUGCUCAGAGAGCAGUUUGAAGAGGAGCAGGAAGCCAAAGCGGAACUCCAGAGAGCAAUGUCUAAAGCCAACACCGAGGUGUCUCAAUGGAGAACCAAAUAUGAGACGGAUGCCAUUCAGCGCAAUGAUGAGCUGGAAGAGGCAAAGAAAAAGCUCACUCAACGCUUGCAAGAUGCUGAAGAAUCGAUUGAGGCUAUAAAUGCCAAGUGUUCCUCUUUGGAGAAGACAAAGCAGAGGCUCCAAGGAGAAGUGGAGGACCUCAUGGCUGAAGUGGAACGGGCUAAUGUGCAAGCAGCUCUCCUAGAUAAAAAGCAGAGAAGCUUUGACAAGAUUUUGUCUGAGUCAAGACAGAAAUUUGAAGAAAGCCAAGCCGAACUCGAAGGAUCGCAGAGAGAAUGUCGCACCCUCAGCACAGACCUCUUCAAAAUCAAAAACUCUUAUGAGGAAGCGCUGGAACAUCUUGAAGUUGUCAAACGGGAGAAUACAAACUUACAGCAGGAGAUCUCUGACCUCUCUGACCAACUUGGCGAGAAUGGAAAAGUCAUGCAUGAGUUGGAGAAGACCAAGAAACAUACAGAGUCUGAAAAGACAGAGAUUCAGACUGCGCUAGAGGAGGCAGAGGCUUCUCUGGAACACGAAGAAUCCAAAAUUCUUCGUAUCCAGCUCGAGCUCACUCAAAUGAAGGGGGAGGUCGAUCGCAGGCUGGCUGAGAAGGAUGAGGAGAUGGAACAAAUGAAACGCAACCACCUGCGCAUGAUGGACACAUUGCAGUCGGCCUUGGAUGCCGAAGUGCGGAGCAAGAACGACGCCAUGCGAAUAAGGAAGAAGAUGGAAACCGACCUCAACGAGUUGGAGAUGCAGUUGAGCCACUCCAACCGACAGGCUUCUGAGGCCCAGAAGCAGCUGAAGAGCAUGCAAGCCCACCUCAAAGAACAAACUCUUCUCCUGGAUAGCACGCUCCGCAGCCAAGAGGAGCUGAAGGAACAGGUAGCCAUGUUGGAGCGAAGGAACACUUUGAUGCAGGCCGAAGUGGAAGAGCUGAGAGCAGCCCUUGAACAAUCGGACAGAAGCCGCAAAUUAGCUGAGCAGGAGCUAGCAGAUGCCAGUGAAAGAGCCGGUCUGCUGCAUUCGCAAAACACGAGUCUUCUCAACCAUAAAAAGAAAUUGGAUGCGGACGUCAGCCAGCUGCAGGGUGAGCUGGAGGACGCGAUCCAAGAGGCUCGCAACGCUGACGAGAAAGCAAAGAAAGCAAUCACUGAUGCCGCCAUGAUGGCCGAGGAACUCAAGAAGGAGCAAGACACCAGCAGCCACCUGGAGAGGAUGAAGAAGAACAUGGAGACCUCGGUGAAGGACCUGCAGAAUCGUCUCGAUGAAGCCGAGAGUCUUGCGUUGAAGGGGGGAAAGAAGCAACUCCAGAAAAUGGAGGCUCGGGUGCGUGAACUGGAGGGCGAAAUGGAGAGCGAACAAAGAAGAGCUGCCGAUGCAAUGAAGGGAAUUCGUAAAUACGAGAGGCGGAUCAGAGAGCUCACGUACCAGACGGAAGAAGACAAGAAGACCGUUUUGAGACUGCAGGACCUUGUUGAUAAGCUGCAACUUAAAGUCAAAGUAUACAAACGGCAGAAUGAAGAAGUGGAGGAGCUGGCUAAUGUUCAUCUGGCCAAAUUAAGGAAAGUCCAGCAUGAACUAGAAGAGGCUCAAGAGCGGGCGGACAUUGCCGAGUGUCAAGUAAAUAAGAUGAGAAGCAAAAGCAGAGAAUUUGGAAGGGUAAAUAAUAAUAUCAUUUUAUAA